GCCAAUCAGAUCUUUGUUGUCAACGCGUCGUUAUGGAGUAGUCAGGAAUCAGAUUUUUAAAAAUAAAGGUAUCUGCAGCUUUCGCUAUUUUGCGCCAAAUUAACCUCGUUUAAGCAUUUUAUAUUUUAAAUAUGCCCUUCACCGACCAAGUGGAUGCUUUACGGGAGCGCAACAAAGAUUUACUGAACCAACUGAGACAGCAGAGACAGAACUUUGAGUUCCUGAGCGACUUUAGCCAGAGCCGCAGGGAGAGAAAGGAAGAGGCAGCGGAGAGGAGCCAGCCCGCAGAGGUUCCGACCCAGACCCUCACCGAUGGACGCCGCCGUCCAGCCAGAGCCGCCCUCUCUAAAGCCGCCGUCAGAUCAGCGGAUAAACGUGAGAAGCAGACAGGCUUCCAGCAGACUAUUUCCACACCACUGGUUGAGUCUAGUGCUCAACACACAGAACUGUCAGACAUUUAUAAGGACCGUGACAGAAAUCCUGCAUUUUAUGACACAGUACAGGAAACAGCACCUAUUAUAAAGUCCUGCUUAAUAAGUCACCCCAAAGAACAGAGAGAGGCAAAGAGUCGAGUCACAUUUCAGUCUGAGGAUUGCGAAGAGAUACCCACAGACAGGCAUCAUUUGCAGCCCUUACUAGGAUAUGAUUGGAUAGCAGGACUCCUGGAUGCUGAAGACUCUGUAAUAGAGCACUCUGAUGAGUUUUUCAAUGAACUUCGCAUAUUUCGUUCCUUUAAUAAAGAUGAGUGCGUCCACAGUCCACAGGCUGAAUUUUCUGUGCCGAACCAGUUACGACUCUCACCUUUAUCAGAUAAAGACCAUCCAGAGUCUAAGAUGGACACUCAUCAAUGUACGUUCUCCUACAGGAUUAACAGUAGACUGUUCCCUGUCCCGCUUCACUCUCAGGAGUGCUGUCCUGUGUGCAAACAGCACAAAUCCUCCCACCCUCACACUACUGCUGAACCAGCUCUCAUAAGGGUCAGCAUCCCUUGCACCACCCUGUUGCCGCCUUACAAAUACAAAGCUCAUCGGCGAUGCAGCUUUGACCCUUCAGAUAGCUUGGCCUUGCCAUCGCACUGUCUCUCAGGCUGGUUGAACACAGGUCAGGGCACCUUGCUCACACCCAGCAGCCUCGAUCUGCGGAGUAGUCUAAAUGUGAGGGGCUCAGCAGAGUUACAGAACAAGGAAGUUGAGGCUCUGUCUGCGGUGAAAAAGCUCAGCAACCAGAUCACAGACGUGUCAUGCUUGGCCCGUCACGACUUUAGACACUUUUCUCACCCCCAAAAAUUAGGAAGGAGAAUUUCUUACCACUUGACCUGACAAGCCAUCAAAACCUCUCUCUGAGGUUUCUGCGAGCUGUUUGUUUGUCUUUCUGUAUAAACCUUUAUUUCUUAUAUUACAUGUUUAAAACGAAACAAUGUGUGGUUAUAAGAGGAUGUCAACAUUUUUGACAUAUUGUGAAUUAAAGCAUAUUACUCGA